UUCAAAUGACGUGGUGAUAGUGGACUGGUAGAUUGAUUUGGUGCAUGCCGGCAGGAGUUCCUGGGGUUGUGAUAAUUCGUCGCGUUACUGAAACGCUGUAAGAAAUAAAUUUAAUACCGAGGCACGAUGUUACAAAGCGUGUUCGACGAUGUCAGGCGGAUGAACAAACGUCAGUUCCUCUACCAGGUACUGAGCUUUGGAAUGAUCGUAUCGUCCGCCCUCAUGAUAUGGAAGGGCUUAAUGGUUGUUACUGGAAGCGAAAGUCCCAUCGUCGUCGUUCUGAGUGGGAGCAUGGAGCCUGCUUUCCAUAGAGGGGACCUUCUAUUCCUGACCAAUUAUCAGGACGAACCAGUACGAGUUGGAGAAAUUGUUGUAUUUAAAGUCGAGGGUCGUGACAUUCCCAUUGUACACAGAGUGUUGAAAUUGCAUGAAAAGUAAAAUAAUACGGUGAAAUUCUUGACAAAGGGAGACAACAACUCAGUUGACGACAGAGGCUUGUAUGCCCCUGGUCAGUUGUGGUUAACACACAAAGACGUAGUGGGUAGAGCAAGGGGCUUCCUACCGUAUGUUGGAAUGGUCACUAUAUACAUGAACGAGUAUCCUAAAUUCAAAUAUUUUGUCCUAGCUUGUCUUGGAUUGUAUGUUUUGGUACACAGAGAAUGAAACUAGCUAAUAGAAUUAUUUAUACAUAAAUUGUCAUACAUAUAUUUCAUUCAAACGAUUUAUCGGUCACUGUUAAUUUACGGAAAUAAAUAGAUAUGAAGAAACCGAAUUGUUAAGCUUAUGCUAUUGAAAGAUCGAAGGUUACGUAUACUUUAGAAGUAAUAUACGAACAAAUCGUUUCAUCUGCAUCAAUGAAAUUUCUGAGAAAACUAGCCGUUAAACCUAACAAAUGAUGAGUUUUAUGUUUGAUGCACAUAUAUUUCAUAGCAUGAGUUUCGGAAUUAAAACUUCAACGGUCAAUGGACUGGGUAUCUGAUACGUCACAAUGGAACAGUGUUUAGCCAGACUUCGGAUUCUCCGACGUUUGAUAUAUCUGCUUACAAACUGUGAGUGUUCAUGAAGUAAUCUCUUGUUUUGUUCUUUGUGAUUUUGAAUUCGUUGAGUAUUUCGGUACCGAUAUUUUCUGUGAAAUCAAAGAAACAUUAAUUCAGUAAAGUCGAAAUAUACCAUUGAAAAUACAGUGCUCGAUAUACUGAUGAAAUAUAUUCAAUUUAUAAACCUUAAUCGUAGUGGCUCUUAUUCUAAGUUUAAUCUCAUGCAUAUUUUACGUUACAAUCUAUCGUUUUUAAGUAACACAAUAUUCAUUUUGAAAGGAUUGUUCAAUUAGGAGAAGAAAAUUGAUGUACAUCUAUUCGCUGCAAAUUUUUGUACCUAUGCAAUCAAUGUAGAUAUAUCAGAUUGCAGGAUACUUUCCGAAUUACUGUACUAGAAUUGCAUGAUGAUUAUUUGAAUAUUUAGCUAGGGCAAAUGGGAUUAGUAAAUUCUCGUAUUCGUUAUUUACUCAGUACAAAUGUUAAGAACUUUGAUAAGUAACGAAGAUAUAUAUGGUUGUGUUGGGAAUUUACAAUUUGAAAUGUACACGUCUGCAUUUUAACAUUUAACGAUCAACAAGAGAAAUAAGGAGAAUGGUGUUUCGCACAUUCUAUAAAAGUGCAUAAUAUAAUGUUAACCCUUUAAUUUUACUUCUUAAGCCCCUUAAAAAAAGUGGAAGUAAAAAUGACGGCACUAAUUCUACAUCACUGUAACAAAUCUUGCAAAAAUGAACUAUGUUUGAAGUUGUCAAAGUGGCACGUAAAGGAUCUUCAGUUGACUGAUUGUUCUAUUUUUUAUACUUUAUAAAAUUUUUCGACAAUCAUUAUUGGUGAUUGCAAAUGAUUAGUUCUUUCAAGUUUAAUUAUUUAUGGAAGUCGUACGCAGGUAUCAAUCUUAGUUAAAAAAUGUUGGGACGAUAUAAUUGUCUUUAGAAUUUGAAUUUAUGUAACUGGUCUCUCUCUCAAACUUUUUUGUUUUAAUACCGACAACAUCAUGUAUGUAAUAAAAUAAUACUUGUAAAUUAACAAUCACGUUUAUUAAUUCACAACACCCAUGCCAUUGGACUUUACUUAUAGACCCUGUUUAAAAAGAACAUUUGUAUCGUUUCCUGGUAGUUCGUGUUAUGAUAACAUUGCGAUGAUGCACAACUUCAUACCUCGUGUGAAAGAUUAAAUGAAUUACAAUAAAAAACUUUAUUCUCGAAUAAUCAA